CUUUUUCCCUAUCAGUCUUUAGUCAGCACCAGGGAAUGUUCAGGACAUGAAAAUACUGCUCACCAUCUUAUAUCUGAUAUUUGACACUGCUGGAAGCGGGAAGGUUAAGGAAACAUGGAUCGCUCCUGUGUAAACUGCCUAAAAACUCUGAUGAUAGUUCUCAACUUUCUGUGUUGGCUCUGUGGCGCGUUUGUGGUCGCCUUUGGCAUAUUCCAGGGAAUGCAUUCCAGGUUCGCCUCUCUCAUCACAACCUUCUGGUCUAUCUACCCGGCUAACACCCUGGUGGUCACUGGUACCAUUGUCACCUGUGUGUGUUAUUUGGGUGUGCUGGGAGCCAUUAAAGAGAACCGCUGCAUGCUUAUCAGUUUUUUUAUCCUGCUCUUCAUUCUGAUGUUGGUGGAGCUGGCCAUGGCCUGUGUGUUCCUGGUCUACAGCAGAGUGAUUGACACAUACUUUGAGAGCGACCUAAUGCAAAGUUUGCAGGUCUACAAACAAUCCAGUCCAGAGGAAAACCAGAUCAUUAAAGAUGAUUUUGAUUCUGUCCAGCACCUGUUUAGGUGUUGUGGAGUUCGUGGGGAGGCAGAUUGGCUGGGUAACGCACCCAUUUCCUGUUGUAGUCAGGAUCCUUGCACCUCAACCCUUCAUGCCAACUGGCAAGAGGGUUGUCUCUAUAAACUCAGGGACUGGUUUGCAGGAAACUACCGUAGCACAGGGGCAGGCGUUGUAACAAUGUUUAUCAUACAGUUCACUUGUCUGUGUUUCACCGUCCCUUUGUUUUGCCACUUCUGUCGAAACGAACUGGGAUACUUGUAAAAGAAGACCCAAUAUAAAGAAUGACCGUCUAGAUGACUUCGCCGGUUGUUGAAAUUGUCCAAGCAUGUCCAUAAUAGGCAGCAUGGUGGCUGAGUAGACAUUGUGUCUGCUGCACAAUAAAUAGAUCUGGGUUCAAAUCUCAA